CGUUAUAGACCGGCAAAAUUUGGGAAAUCUAAUUUUUAUAGUUAACUGACAUCACGUGAUCGGCGAAUGUCUUUGAAACAACCUUGACCCGCCGUCCUUUGUAGAGUAUUAGCUGUUUCUGUGCACACAUACCAAACAACAUACCAAAAUGGUGAAAGUAGGAAUAAAUGGAUUUGGACGUAUUGGUCGUCUAGUACUUCGUUCUGCCCUUGAGAAAGGUGUAGAUGUCGUUGCUGUCAAUGAUCCAUUCAUUGAGCUUGACUACAUGGUCUACAUGUUCAAGUAUGAUUCCACUCACGGAAAAUUCCCAGGCACCAUUGAAGCAAAGGAUGGAAAACUUGUUGUCAAUGGCAAAGGCAUUGCUGUAUUUAAUGAAAUGGCUCCAACCAAUAUUCCAUGGAAGAAGGCAGGAGCUGAGUAUGUUGUAGAGUCUACUGGUGUGUUCACUACUAUUGAAAAAGCCAAGGCUCACUUCGAGGGUGGUGCCCAAAAGGUUAUCAUCUCAGCGCCCUCUGCAGAUGCACCCAUGUUUGUUAUGGGUGUCAACCAGGAUAAAUAUGAAAAAUCUAUGAACAUUGUCAGCAAUGCAUCUUGCACCACAAAUUGCCUCGCCCCACUUGCCAAGGUUAUCAAUGACAACUAUGGUAUUGAGGAGGCUCUCAUGACAACUAUCCAUGCAUACACUGCCACACAGAAAACUGUUGAUGGACCAAGCUCAAAGGCAUGGAGAGAUGGGCGUGGAGCUGCCCAGAACAUCAUCCCAGCAUCCACUGGAGCUGCCAAGGCUGUAGGCAAGGUCAUCCCAGAGCUCAAUGGUAAAUUGACUGGUAUGGCUUUCCGUGUGCCAGUCCCUGAUGUGUCUGUUGUUGAUCUGACUGUGCGUCUCAGCAAGCCAGCCACCAUGGAUGACAUCAAGGCCAAGGUGAAAGCAGCCUGUGAUGGACCAAUGAAGGGAUUCUUUGGAUACACUGAUGAGCAGGUCGUCUCUCAGGACUUCCGUGGUGACUCUAACAGCAGUAUUUUCGAUGCCAGAGCCGGAAUUCAGCUCUCACCCACAUUCGUCAAGCUUAUCACUUGGUAUGACAAUGAGUAUGGCUACAGCUGUCGUGUAUGUGAUCUUAUCAACUACAUGGCUACCAAAUGAAGCAGUCACAAUGCAGCUAAACUUUAAACAACUCUAAGGACAGCAAGAAACAAUACCCUACCAUACAAUAGACUCCUAACUAUUAAAAUCCCUUUUAAAUUUCUUUAAUAUUAUCUUGACAUUAUCUCUUCGUUACAUGAUACAUUUCAUUCAGAUCUAAAAGAACAGUGAAAGCCAUGUGUUAAACCUGUAAAUGCACAGGGCUAGAUGAUAUCAUUUUAGAUUAGUGUUUCGUAGAACGCAUAUCAUGAACAGGAACAUAGAAUUUUAGUCUGUUACUAGAGUGUGUGUACAAAUAUGUACAAAGUAUUGAUAUUGUUGUGUGAUAAACAAUCAGAUCUGUUGAUUAAUA